CGUACUUCCGGAACAGAACCACAACAGGAAGUAUGAAAGUGAUGUAAACACAAGGCAAUAGCUUGCCAUUCCAAAACUGUAACAAUCUGAACGUUAUUUAUGGAUGCUGGAGGAGGCUGACGAUCGCACAUCCGUCAGUAUAAACGCAUCUUGUGAAACAGUGGUCAUAAUCGUGGUCGUCUUUUGUCCCGUAACGUAACUACUCUGCGGUUGGCAGCACUGGGGAAAGAAGCGCAAGUGUUUACGUCGGGCACUAAAAUGGAUGACAAUAAGAUUGUGGCGGGUAAGGUGAAGAAACCGGGGAAGAGAGGACGUAAGCCGGCCAAGAUCGACCUGAAGGCCAAGCUGGAGAGGAGCAGGCAGAGCGCGAGGGAGUGUCGCGCCCGGAAGAAGCUCCGGUAUCAGUACCUGGAGGAGCUGGUGUCCAGCAAGGAGAGGGCCAUCUGUGCCCUCCGCGAGGAGCUGGAGAUGUACAAGCAGUGGUGCUCCGCCAUGGACCAGGGCAAGAUCCCCUCGGAGAUCAAGGCCCUGCUCACGGGCGACGACCAGAAGGGGUCCCACGACGGCAGCGCCAAGGCGUCCAAGAACAGCAAGAGCAGCAAGAACAGCGGCGGCGGCGGCGGCGGCGGCAGCAACAGCCAGGGCUGAGCGGGGGGCGCCGGCACCGGCCGGCGGAACCAGAGGACGUCACAUGCGGAAUCACGAGAUGGACGGAGAACCGACCGCAUUCACAGGAAACCGGGGGAACCGUGUCGACACAAGCGGGGGGGGGGGGGGUUCCGAGAGCGCACACACACACCCCCGGUCCGGGGGGGGGGGCGGGGUAGGCGACCUCACGAUUCCAACCACAGAUCGGGCGAUCGAUUAUUAACUUUGUUUUGCUCAGUCCCACCGUAGAUAAACGCAUAGGCAUGUAUAGAUAUGUUACUUUUUUUGGGAGUGGGGGUGGCGAGGUCCUCGUGGAUUGACUUGUUGUUCCCUGAAUAUAUACAUACGAUGCCGUUUAUGUUGUGUGCACCCGAUACUCUCUCCGUAACGUACGCUGUUGCCGUGGCGAUAGACUCCAACAAGCGUUUUCUCUGAAACUCAACUCAUGGGUUGUACUCGCCGACGUGGCGCGCUCCGACUGCAACUCUUUUUUUAUUUUUUUCUUUACUAUGAUUUUUAAAUUAAGUUUGGUGAAAUCAUACCGACCCAUGGGAAGUCAUUAAGAUAAACACGCAGCGAGAGGUUGAGGUGAGCCCGGGAUUACUACUACUGACGAGAACGUAGUCCACACACAGAGGAAUUGAGUCGAUUGGGUAUAGUUUUGUAUUCGUAUUUUGUAUUGGAUCUGAGAAAGCACCGUGCCACGUUUUGUAUUGUGGUCAUGAAUGUAUUGUGAAGAGUCUGUUCGGAUAUUUUUUCUCUUUUCUUUUCUUUAUUAAGGGGUGGAAUUAAUCCCAGACCAUUUGCUCUUUUAUGUUAACAAAAGUUUGUUAUAUUUCAUACAAACUAUAAAUGGAGAAUCCUGAGAAAUUGCUAUUUUUGUCUGACAAAAAUUGGGCCCUUCCUUGACCUGGUCAGUCAGUUACUUUACGUCCACGUGUGAUGCCUAUGCUAUUUUAUAUUUGGAGCCUUGAAUUCAUAUUUAAUAAGCCUUUGAAUUAGAAAGUUGCCUUUUGGGGCAUAUUUUUGCAUUGAUAAAUGUAAUGUCGCUUUUCUUUGUGAUAUUGUUUCUGGUUGGAAGCCGCGAGUGUAAUCAAGGUAAGAAAACGCUCACUAAAGGGAGGACGGAAUGAAAAAGUCACUUUUAAAUCAUCUGUCAAUGUUUAUGACAAUCAUCUAACGAAACAUCUGUCCAUGUUAAAGACACAUUUUCUUUGAUGGAUUUUCAGCUGAAAUCUUUUUUCAAUGUUAAGUUUGAAAAAACGUUUGUUGAGUUCACCGCCACUUGGAUUGAAAUACACUAAACAUAAAAUGUUAUUCACAGACUUGUUAUUUACAGUCAUUAAAUCAAUAAAUAAUCUUUUUUAUGUUAAUCAACUCUUAUGUACCGGUAUGUAUCGUGUGUGUGUGUGAAUAAGCCUUGUAUGGUUUUAAUUUCUGUCUUAAGUCCAGGUAAUAGCCAGGUCGUAACACUGUUUCCAGGCAGACUGGGGUAAACACAGAGAGCAGACAGACUGGUGCUUUUCCAGAGUGUUUCAGUGCAACAGGGGGACCAAUAGGAAGGAAAGAAUGGCAGGAAUAGGAUUUGCUAAUAAAGUGGUUACUCUGUGGAGAAGGACGUAGGUGUAACCAUGGCGAUCGAAAUAAAAAACGCAUAUGUCAA